AUGCACUAUUCCGAUUGGAUCUCAAACAUUAAUCGACCACCAUUAGUAUUACUUGAAGAACUUUUACAAAAUCUUGCUAUUAAUUUGACACACCAGAUGGGUAUUGACUCACUUAGCUCAACAUCUCAUACAUGUUUAAUAUCUAAUUGCCAACUGAUCAUUGCCGGUAAUGAUUUAGACUAUGCAGUACCAAUUCAGGCCGCAUUUUCAUUUCUUAAUUCACCUACAUUUGAAUUUAGCAAAAUGUCUAAUGAUUACAAAGGUGAUGUUUAUAUGCUUACGAAUCAACUAGUAAAUAAUGUAAUCAUUUUAAAAUCAGUGAUUCGAGGAUCAUAUGCUAGCUCAACAAGUCGUGAUAGUGACAUUCUUGGUGGUUUCCUAUAUUAUUCUUGCUUGGACAUGAAUAUGGUGGUUGGUUUAGAAGUUCUUCAUGGAGGGAUUUGUGAAAAUGUUGCUAUGUUACAAAUGAAUGUAGUUGAAACAAAAAUCAAAGCAAUUAAAUGGCACAUUCAAACUAAAUUGAUCGAAAAAUUGAAAAGUCGUUUUGCAAAUGAUAAUAAAUUUAUUCAACGACUAGAAGCAUCAUUAUUACUUAUUCCACAACAUGUUUUUGUUACUUGUCCAUAUCACUCAUUAAAUGUUAAAGUUGGUAUUAAUGGAUUUGAUCAUAUUGAUCAACUUAUAUUUCGAUGUGCAGUUGAAUAA